AUGACGACCCGCACGACCGGCACGCUGGCGGAGGUUCGAGGUCCCCGUCCAGGCCGAAACGAGUUGCGACAUGCGACGCUCGGGGUCAUAGCGCUUCUCCUUGCACUUGGCCGAAUCAAUGACGUACACGACGUCAGGGAUCGUGACCGAAGUUUCGGCGAUGUUGGUCGAGAUGACGACGCGUCUUACACCCUUGGAAGCGGGCUCGAACACACGCUGCUGAUCCGCGAUGGGGACCGACGAGUGCAAGACGUGCACUUCGUACCUGUUCGUAUCGUUAAAGUUGAUGCCGAGCAGAGGGUGUCGACCCGUGUCCGAGAGGAUCGUCUGCACGUUCUUGAUCUCAUCCCAACCGGGCAAGAAGACGAGCACGUGACCUUCCUCGGACUUGGCGAGCACGUUCGCGAUCAUGAGCGCGAUCAAGGGGAACGGCAUGUCGAGGUCGUCGAUCUCGCCGACGGGUCGACCGGUGUGAGGGUUUGUCGCGAUUCGAGGCACGAGAUCUCGUGCGAGGUACUGCACGACCGACUUUUCAUUGAAGACCCAUUCUCCUUCCUGCUGGGUCAGUCGAAGCGACCUCAGUUCUUCGAUGACCGCAUCGAGGCGAUGUUCUUCCACGGGAAAGCUUCGUCCCGGUACCUUGACGAUCGGCGCCAGUCGUCCCGUUCUCUCAUCGGCAAAGUACGACGUGAACAACUUGGGGUCGAUCGUAGCCGACAUCAAGACGACGCGGAUCUCGUCCUUGCCGGCCUGUCGACGUUGGUGGAGCAGCAUACGGAGCACAAAGAGCAACAGAUCGGUGUCGACGUCUCGUUCAUGGACUUCGUCAACGCAGACGUGCGUGACACCAUCGAGGAAGCCCUGGCCACUUGUGUUGUGCAGAUCGGCCUGCAUGCGUCGGAGGAAAAGUCCGGUCGUGCAGAAAAGGAUCGAACCAUCCGAUUUGGGAGGCUUGGACUCGAAGCGGACCUGGUAACCGACCGAAUCACCAAUAGCUUCGCCGCGUUCCUUGGCGACACGUUCGGCGACCGAGAUGGCGGCAAUUCGACGAGGUUGCGUGCACACGACGUUGCACUUGGCGCCAUCGCCACGCAAGAUCCAGUCGUCCAAGAUCAGCUGGGGUAUCUGCGUCGUCUUUCCGGAACCGGUGGCGGCCAAGACGACAGUGACGGACGAAGUGGCGAUCUUGGCGAGCACGGACGAAGCAUGCGACGAGACGGGUAA